GUCGGCAUAGGCUUGAGAUAGCACGGACACGAAGGUUGCGCCCGUGACCGCGCCCGCCCGCCCGCUGUGAGUCGCGAGCUCUCGUUUCUAGCGCAGUAUCGUACUGCGCUCUCUACUCCUCGGACCUAGACCUGUGGCUGUGACGUGAUGUGCCCGUGAGCUGAUCAUGUGCAGGCAAGUGUGUGUUGUGCGGGAGUGCGCGAGCGACGAGCGCCGCCGGGCCGCGCGCCCCUAGACAUGUGGACGCAGCUGAUGCCAUUGCUGGCGCUCGUCGCGCUGGCGGAUGGCGUUUCCUUCGCGCCUAACAAAGAACUGCUUGAAUGUGCAAGCCAGAUCCUGUAUAUGGACCAAUAUGCAUACCAGCUUCCAACAAACUACAGUAGAAACAUUCCACCUGGUAAAAAUACGACAGUUUAUAUUGGAGUGAACGUCAAUAGAGUUUCUGGAGUGGAUGAAAAUCGAGAGAUCACACUUGACGUUUUCCUGCAAGCAUCAUGGGAGGAGGCUAGAUUAAAAGUUCCCCCCGGUAUGCCUUUCAUCGAUCUACCCUGGGAAUUCCGACAACUAAUAUGGACUCCGGAUCUUUAUAUAUGGCAGCUACAAACUAUGAAAAUUCUCUCAGUGCUCCAAGAAAUGGCAUCAUUGAGACUAUAUGCUAAUCGCACUGUCUCAGUCAGUAUUGGUGCUACAAUUACAAUAAAAUGUGAAAUGAACUUUGUUUUGUAUCCAUUGGACGUGCAAAACUGCGCGAUAGACUUUAGCAGCUAUAAGUACACAAAAGAAGAUGUGCGGUUCGAAUGGCGUGAAGUGGCGCCGUGGUUCGGGCUGGCCGGCGAACAACGCCGAGAGUUUCGUCUGCCAAAAUACGUGGUCACAUUUGUUACCGACAAAAGUAAUCAUAUUCGCAAUUUUGGUGAAGGUGAACAUUCAGCGGCGCGAUUGCAAAUAAAACUUUCGCGUGAACUGAGAGGGUAUCUUCUAGAGAGCUACCUACCAUCGUCCUUAUUUGUCAUCAUCUCCUGGGGAAGCUUCUGCGUUAUCCCGGAAAUUGUUCCGGGUCGUAUGGUGCUGCUUGUCACGACAUUACUGUCACUUAUUACUAUGUUUGACACUGUCAGCACUAACUCACCGGACGCGUUAGAGCUAAAGUGUAUCGAGGUUUGGCUGAUCUCAUGCACUAUAUUCGUAUUCCUGGCACUGCUGGAGUACUUCGUGGUGUUAUUCGGCAUCCGAUAUGACAAAAGUUGGAGCCGACGACGGCAAGACCUACGACGGGCCGCCUCUGCCGCGCAGCUGGCGCCGCCUCUGCAUAUUAACCAUUCUCAAAAUUUGCAGAGAUUAGGCACACCCGUCACAGGCACGCCUCAAGGUGGAGUAUUUUCACCGCAACUUAGUGUAGAAGAUGAAGGAUUAAAGCAACAGUUCUCUCACCAGACCAUACAACGGGACUCGCCAAUACUGGAGACAAUGACAGCUGGUGAUUCUUCGGGCAGUUUCUUGGUGAGACUUGCUGCCAUGGUCGACCGCGGCGUCAUGUUCUGUGGCGCCCAACACGGGGCACUUGACAAAUUCGCCCUAAUGAUUUUUCCUAUAUGCUUUAUACUCUUUACAAUUAUUUAUUGGACGACAUAUAUCAGUGAAGCAUAUCGGGCUAUGCACGAGUGAUCUAACUGUGAACUUCUGCCGUGCCUUUAAUCAUAGUUGUAGAUACUAGAUAUUCAGCUAGUUGUUUUAAAUUUAUUACAACUUAAAUGAUAUUAAACAGUUAGGAUUUAAGAUAUGAGUUUCAUAAAAUAGUCACUGUUAUAUAUUUUAAAGUUUAAUUAGAAUGUUAUGAUUUGCUAGUGUUAAUGUUGAAGUUAAUUAUUAUUUAAUUUUAUUGUGUAAAUAUUUGGACAAGAAUAUUUUUAAUGUAUAAAUUAUUAUUUCUAAGCUGUGAAUAAAUUUUAGGCCCACUUCAUGUACGUAGAGUCGAAUUCACCAAUAGCUAAUAAGUACCCAACAGUGGGUAAUCUACUAUUUUAAAGUCGGAUGAUAUACAUUUUCUUAAUUUCACGAAUUUCAUAUGCAUAUUAUUGAUCAAUUCUAUGCCUGACUAUAACUUCGUUCUUUUUCAUCGAUUUAUAUUCAAUAAGAAAAGCAUCUAAAUGAGGCAAACUUAUUUUAUUAGGCGUUGAUACAACCCAUCAAAAACAUAUCAUCCAUACUUGAAUAUAAACAUCUGUUUUAAAUAAUCUAUUCAAAGUUAUAAAACAAAAGUAAAUAUUGGAAUUAAGACUUACUUUUUAAAGUUAAAAUGCGACACAAGUAACACAAGAAACACGAAAUACAAUUAACUCAAAUAGAGUAAUGUACACAAGUUAUUAAUUGCAUACAUUUAGAUAUACAUAUUUUUCGCAUAGAUUUUAUUUCACUGGUAUGUCUUAAAUCCGUCCUGACAUUUUCAGAAGUCGAACGUCUAUUUAAUUAUAUUUAUCAUCAGUAAGUAAUAAGAAAGACGCGUGGUUUAGUAAAUUUGGAAACAAAAUAUUGUACUUAGAAGUUUUUUUGUGCAAACAACAUUAUUGCAGCUCGUCAGUGCCUACUUUUAAUAUUAAGUAGACUCGUAGAUUUGCAUGCAACAAGCUGUUUGUACUUUUCCUUUGCAAAAUUGGACCGUAGUUGAAAAACGUUGGGACCACUAGAGCUCAGUAGGAAACAGUAAGUUGCAUGUCACGCCUUAUUACUGUGCCUUUUGAUACGUAUCAUAAGAUAAAUAAAAGGUUUUUGUGAUUAGGUCAGGUUAUAAAAUGUUGAGAUAAUUUUGUUGGAUUCUGAAGGUAAGCUCGUCUAAAAUUAACACGCAUUAAAAAAUGAAAUGUCAUAACCAUAAGUACAUAUUUCAACAGACAAUAAAAAAAUCCGAAUUAAUCUGAUUUUUUUCGUACGAUAAGCAUGACGUUAAGAUCGCUCAUUUUACAACAAUAAAUAUUUUCGUUAUGAAAAACAUGAAUGUUAUGUAAAAAUAUUUCACAUUUUAUAUAUAAAAAGUUUAAAGAAGUUUAUGUAAUCUCAUUUAGUUCUACCACAUGACCUUUGAAUUGAAAUGAUCUCUAAUAAUCUAGAUUUUAGUAAACAAACUUCAUCGACACGAGCAGAAUCCGAUCCUGUCCUUCCUAAACACAACCACAUGACACCUUUAGACUAAGAUUCAUACUGUAUCUACGAAGCAAACAUGGACUUCGUAUUAAAAAUGAAAAUAAGUUGUAAAUUCCUUCAUCAAUAAAGAAAAGAUAUAUUAAAAGGCAACAUGAUAUCUACUUGGAAAUUAAAAAAACAAUUCCGAGACUUUAUAACAAUCAGGAUUUAAAAAUUAAGAACUGUCAGAACAUUUGACACAUUUGAUUUGACAUUUUAAACAUGUUUGUAGCUUCACUAUCAAAUAGAUACCACCUUGUGCAACGCUUGAAAAAGUGUUCAUAGCAUUGUCUACUAGUUUAUAAGAUUACAUACUAAGAUUUUUAAAAUUUCUAUUUAUUUAUGUAAUAAAUAAAAUAAUUUAUAUAAUAUAAUGUUUAUUGUGGUUUAAGAAAAUAUUUUAUUUUACAUUUUGUACUAUUUAAUGAAAAUAUUUCAACAAAUCUAUUUCUUUUGUCACCGCUAACGCGGGGAAGCCGUUACAAUUUACUGAUAUCUAAAUAGCAAUUUUCGUAAACACUAGGGUCUUUAUCCAUAUUAAUGAAUGUAUGUUUUUGUUUUUAAUUAUCUGAUUAUCAUCUGUAUAUGUAACAGAGAAAGGCGAACGAAAAAAUUAAAAACCGGUGAAGGUUAAAUGUAAUUCUAGUCAUUUAUGUAACUUGGAAUAAAAUAGAAAUAAGUCUCUGUAAUUAUCUUUGCUUUACUUGCUGCCCCUGACACAUGUUAAAGCACAAAUAAUUUUAUGCACAAAAAUCAUUUAAAAAUUGUCACAUUAAAUAAUCAUUUCCAACACUUGUAUGAUGUUUAGUCAUCGAAAAGGAACUAUAUAUCACAUGUUGAUUAACAUAUCAUUAUAUAUUAUUAUCAUACAUAUCUAUCGUUGAAUGAAUGGUGCCUUCAAAUUGCCUUUUAAAAUUAUUAUAAAAUCGACGGCUAUAGACCUUAAAAGUGUUUCAGAACGAAAUAUUGCUAACUGUUGUAUGACAGUGUAAGAUUAUAUUGUUAAACUUAGGACAAUACAUGUAAAUAGUUGAAAUAAAAGACAUUAUUUUAAAUUA